ACGCGCGGCCAAGUGGGCGGUGCUUCCGGCCGGUGGAGGUGGGGUCUGACGUACACGGUGGGAAAAACGUGGAUCGUGACCCGUAUCCCGGAUUGCCACCGCGACCCUGACCCUCACCCGGACCCGGGCAGCGUCCCCCACUCUGACCCAUCUGUAUGGCCCGGCACGUGUUCCUGACGGGGUCCCCAGGAGUUGGAAAAACAACAUUGAUCCAGAAAGCCAGUGAGAUUUUAAAGUCCUCUGGCGUGCCUGUCGAUGGAUUUUACACAGAAGAAGUCAGACAGGGAGGGAGAAGAGUAGGAUUCGAUGUUGUCACCUUAUCCGGCCUGCGGGGACCUUUAUCUAGAGUUGGGUCGGAGCCUCUGCCGGGAAGACAGGAAUGCCGAGUUGGGCAGUAUGUGGUGGAUGUGAUGUCCUUUGAGCAGUUGGCCCUUCCGGUCUUGAAGAAUGCAGGCUCCAGCAGUGGCCCAGGGCAGAGAGUGUGUGUCAUCGAUGAGAUUGGGAAAAUGGAGCUCUUCAGCCAGCCUUUCAUCAAUGCCAUUCGUCACACCCUGUCCACCCCAGGGAUCGUGGUCCUUGGCACCAUCCCAGUGCCGAAGGGCAAACCGCUGGCCCUCGUGGAAGAGAUACGGCACAGCCCCGACGUUACGGUGUUCAGUGUCACCAAGGAGAACAGAAACCGCCUUUUGCCAGAUAUUGUGACGUGUGUGCAGAGCGGCCGGAAGUGAAGCCGGUCUGUGUCACCGCUUUCCUGCACGUGGAGAAAUGUGCAUGUUCCCGAGGAGCCUGCCCAGUGCCCUGCCUGUCAGGGUUUGUGCCUGUGGGCUCGUCAAGAGCCUGACAGCUGUUUCCCAUCAAGUGUUUAAAGGCUCGAAUUAGCCUUAAUGCUGGAUUGACUCUAAGACUAACCAUCCACUGGGAUUUAUUUAUGCCAAGAGAUUUCUGUUUAUUUCCUCUUGCAGUUGUGCGUAUGAUUUGGGUAAAUAUGAGAUGAGAAGUGGUUUUCAGAGUAUUCAGUGGAAUCUGCCCCCACUGAAGUUUAUAAGUGUGUUCAGGAAGGGGGGCCCCACCACCUCAUCAGCUCUGUGUGUCCUGAGCACCAGUCCCUCUCCAGGUGCAGCUGCCGUCCUGUGCAGCUUGAAGUGAUGUUAUUUGAUUUUUAAAAAUUAUGAUUUCAAAAGCAAACAAUUUAGAUUCUCCCCACCCAUCUCUUACUGUUUACUGCUUACUACAUUAAAAAUUAAUGUGCUGGUUGCA